CUAAGCUUUAAAGAUUGUAACUUAAAAAUUAAUAAAAUCUGAAAAGAGAAAAAAGAUACCAGCUACUAAAAAUAUGAUAGGUAGUGCUAUAGGAAUUUAAAUGCAACAUAAAAUAUAAAUUAAGAGUGUGUACAUGUAUUGAUCUUAAAUAUUUUACAUAUGUGGAUGGGGUUCUUUUGGAAUUUUGAGAACAAGCUGUGCAUUCAUAAUGAGGAAUUGUGAAUCUUGCCUACUAACUUUAUGGGUACGAUAGUGAAAAUUUCCUAUGAUGAGGUUGCUCCCCACUGUAUCCUAUCUACCAGUCUAAAGAUAAUCAUUAUCAUUUCAGUUCACUUAUGUUUUGUUCACAGAUCUGGCUAGGUGGGCAUACUUCUGAACAAAACAAAGAGUGAUUCACCCAAUAAGCCUGCUGGGCUCAGAAGCAUUUUAAUAAACAAAUAUGAUACUAAAGCCGGAUGAUCUGCCAACUUCUCAUUUAAUUUUAUUUCAAAAAAUGUUCUUUCAAAAAAUGUCAAGAGAAGUGUGUGUGGGGAGGGGGGGAAUGCAUACAGGUAUUAUGUGCUUAUGAUACUCCUAAAUGAUGGAGUACCUAAUAAAAUUGUGAGGGCAGAAUAAGAUUUCAAAAAAGAAUCAGGAAUGGAGAAAUACUGUUUUAGAUAUCAAAGGUUAUGUUUCAUUUGUGUAAUCAGUUAACAGCCAGCAUUGUGGGUAAAGUUAAGGAGCUAAAAUUCACUGUAACUGGAUCCAGAAGUGGCAACACCCUUUUUGUUUGUUUUAGCUCUUAUAUUUAGUUUGCAAAACAUUUAUACUUGGAAAAGAUUAAAUAUUAGAAAGGAGAAGGGAAAGGAAAAACAAUAUGAGAUAAACAGAAAAGGAGAAAUGAGAGCCCUGUGGGAUAUGUGUUUGAAUGGCAGAAAGAAGUGAGGAGGGAAUCUUAUAUAGGAUGAUAGAUUUUUGCACUGGUACUGUCAAUUACAUAAGAACAAGCAACCAUAUCAAGGGGAAAAGAUAUUAGGAUAUUCUUCAGUUCUGUUCAUCUUUUGAAAGAUGUUAACUGGUGUUAUGUUUUGGAGCAAAAACAGGCAAAGAAAGAAGGUGUUUGUAAUGCAAAGGAUUUUAAAUGUGUACAGAGAAGAACCUAACCUAGUUUAUCCUCCUGUUUGCCCAAAAUUAAAUUGAUGUUUAAUUCAGAGAUCCUACUGUGUAUUAUAGAGAAACAUUUUUAUUAAGUGGUCAUACUAUAUGCAUAUUUGAAAUGCAAAAGACUUUUGACAGAAAGUUUGGCAUAUUUUCUGUGACAUUCCACAGCUUGUAAUAAAAACUGGACAAUGAGUGUAACUGGAUUUAUUUCACUAUGGGUACUGGCCUUACUGCUUGGCUGCCAAUUAAUAACCCAUGCAGAACAUGAGGACAUAGUGAAACAUGCAAUAAAGCUGCAUCGUGGAAGAGGAGUUGCUAUUACUCAAAAGAAACAGUGGCUUAUAGAAAACUGCAGAAAAUUAUCUGGACUUCUACAUCAGAAGACUGUGGUUCUCAACAAACUGAAAAGUGCAAUGAGAGCAGUGGAAAAGGAUUCAGGAUUGUCAUUUGAAGAGAGGACUUUUCAGGUUCACACAUUCGAAAUUUUUCAAAAAGAAUUAAAUGAAAGCGAAAAUUCAGUCUUUCAAGCAAUCUAUGGGCUCCAAAGAGCUCUACAAGGCGAUUACAAAGAUGUUGUAAACAUGAAGGAAAGUAGUCAUCAGCGGCUGGAAGCUUUGAGAGAGGCUGCAAUAAAGGAGGAAACAGAAUAUGUUGAACUUUUAGCAGCAGAGAAGCAUCAAGCUGAAGCCCUGAAAAACAUGCAGCAUCAAAAUAAAAGUCUGUCUAUUCUUGAUGAGAUUCUUGAAGAUGUAAGAAAAGCAGCUGAUAGGCUAGAAGAAGAAAUAGGAGAACAUGCCUUUGAUGACAACAAGUCAGUGAGAGGAGUUAAUUUUGAAGCCGUUUUAAGAGUAGAAGAGGAUGAAGCGGAUACCAAAAGAAAUAUUUCAAAAAGGAAAGUGGAAGAUGAUUUGGGUUUAAGUAUGCUUAUUGAUUCACAAAACAAUCAGUACAUUCUUACAAAGCCCAGAGACUCAACCAUUCCACGUGCUGACCAUCAUUUUAUAAAGGAUAUUGUCACAAUAGGAAUGCUGUCUUUGCCUUGUGGUUGGCUAUGCACAACAAUAGGAUUGCCAACAAUGUUUGGCUAUAUUAUUUGUGGAGUACUUUUGGGGCCAUCAGGUUUAAACAAUAUAAAGUCAAUUGUGCAGGUAGAGACAUUAGGAGAAUUUGGAGUAUUCUUCACACUGUUCCUGGUUGGUCUGGAAUUUUCUCCUGAAAGACUAAGAAAGGUAUGGAAAAUAUCUUUGCAAGGACCUUGCUACAUGACACUCCUGAUGAUUACAUUUGGCUUAAUCUGGGGGCAUUUGCUACAAAUCAGAGCAACUCAGAGUGUUUUCAUUGCUACUUGUUUAUCAUUAUCAAGCACACCGUUGGUAUCUAGAUUCCUUGCAGGGAGUGCUCGCGGAGAUAAAGAAGGUGAAAUUGAUUAUAGCAGCGUUCUCCUUGCAAUGUUGGUGAUGCAGGAUGUACAGCUUGGCUUAUUCAUAGCUGUGAUGCCAACUUUUAUUCAAGCUGGAUUUGGCACACAUUCCAGCAUCAUCAAAGAAAUACUAAGAAUAUUGAUGCUGAUUGGACAAAUCCUAUUCUCCCUGGCUGCUGUACUGCUUAUAUGUCUUAUUUUAAAGACUUAUCUGAUAGGACCCUACUACCGCAAGUUGCAUAUAGAAAGCAAAGGAAACAAAGAAAUUCUAGUUCUAGGGAUAUCUGCUUUUAUGUUUCUUAUGUUAAUGCUCACAGAGUUAUUGGAUGUUUCAAUGGAAUUGGGAUGUUUCCUGGCAGGAGCACUUAUUUCUUCUCAGGGUCACAUGGUUACUGAGGAGGUUAUAUCCUGUAUUGAACCAAUACGUGACUUUCUUGCUAUCAUAUUCUUUGCAUCUAUAGGUCUUCAUGUAUUUCCCACAUUUGUAAUAUAUGAACUCACAGUCCUGCUGUUUCUUACACUUUCAGUGGUGAUAAUGAAGUUUUUCCUGGCAGUACUUGUCCUUUCUAUGAUUCUUCCAAAGAACAGCCAGUAUAUCAAAUGGAUUGUAUCAGCAGGCUUGGCUCAAGUCAGUGAAUUUUCCUUUGUCCUGGGAAGUAGAGCACGCAGAGCUGGAAUAAUUUCUCGAGAGGUCUACCUCCUUAUACUGAGUGUGACUACUCUAAGUUUAUUGCUUGCACCAGCAUUGUGGAGAGCUGCAAUUAUGAAAUGUGUACCAAGAUCUGAAAGACGAUUGUAUUCCUGAAAACCUUUAGUUCAUGUGCUUCAGAGAAGGAAGCCUUUUUAGAUAAUACAUUUCAUAUGUUAUUUAGCUUACUACAAGCCUUAUACUGGUUUCAGUUCAUGAAACAGAAAUGUAACAUUUUUCAUAAUACACUUUGAUUUUUAGAAUACUGAAUGUAUGUUAAAUAGAUUUUUCCAAAAUUUGAUUUAUUUUUUUAAAAAUCUAUGAAUCCAAUAAUUAAUGUGCCUUUUACAGGAUUAUUUUCCAGUCCAUGCAGCAAAUGUACAUUUAUAGUGCCUGUGGUACUACUAUAAGACAACCACCAAAUUAGUAUCUAGUGAAACAUUGGUCACAAUUUUUUUUUUCAAAGCAAUAUAAGUUUUUCAUUCAAAUAUAGGAUUUAAAACUGCUCUGAGAACUGUAAAUUAUAUUCCUAAGAGUAUCUCAUUGCAUUAUUUUUAAAAACAAUUACCUAUAAUGAUUUAUUAUGAUUUGUGGUCUGAAACAUGGUUAAUAGUGAUCAGAAUAACUUCUAGUAUGACUACCGUCUUUUUAUACUGAUAACUAUUAAUUAAAAGUAUUCUUGGGGGAUAUUUAAUUUUGUAGUUCUAUUCAUUGGAUAUAUAGCAGAAUUAGAAUUUGUUGUCAUGUUCAACUGGCCUUUGAUUAUAAAUAAAUGAUUCAUUACUACGCAUUUCCUUAAAAUGAAAAAAAAAAUCCUUAAAUUAUAUUGCUCCAUAUUAUAUGCGGUGCUACUUAUUAGAAAUAAAUGCACUAGUUAUUCGCUAAACUCAGCUAAAUUUUUAAAAACUGGCAUCCUAAGUAAGAAUUGAUAAUUCUACACAUUCUUCACUGUAAGAGUUUGUUAUUAAAACUGUUUUCAAAA